UAUAUAAAGUGCACAACUUUUUGGAAAUGUAUCACUUGUUUUGAAACAACUGACAAACAACCAACCUUAAACAUGUACAAAUUCGUUCUUCUCGCCGCUCUCGUAGCCGUAGCCUCCGCUGGUGCCGUCUUGCCAAGCGUAUACAGCGCCGGAGUAGUAGCUCCAGUAGCCGCUUCCGUAGCUUCCACCUACACCGCUGGUGUUGGAGGCGUAUCCCCAACUUUCCACUCAGUCCGCUCCGCCGUUGCCGCUCCAGUUGUAUCUGCCUACUCUGCCCCCGUAGUCUCUGCCUACUCUGCUCCAGUUGUCUCUUCCCCAGUUGUGUCUGCCUACUCUGCUCCAGUCGUACCAGGAGUAGUACCAUACCCAUACGUACACUAAUUUGAUCGAGGUUUUGAUAUGAUGAUGUGAAUGUUUUUAGUAAAAUAAAUAAAAUAUUUAUUACAA